UAUCAUCUAUCUAUCUCAUAUCUAUCUAUCCAUCAUCUAUCUAUCUAUGUAUAUCUCUUUCUCCUCCCUCUCUACCUAUACCUCUUCUCUUUAUGAGCCCACUAGCCCCACAUUCAGGCAGUGCUGCCCAGCGCCCAGUGUGUGCCCCGCCGCAGCAGCAGUGCCUAGUAAUCAUUAAUCCCUCCACAUCAUUAGUCAGACAGGCAUUUCAGAGACUGGUAAAUUUUCCCAGCUCCUAAAGGGAGUGUUUCCCAGGAAUGCAAAGUACAAAUCAAAUCUAAACACAGCCAUUUAUCAGAGAAAACAUUGGAAGGUUCGCCUGGGCGAUCAGCACUGCCCAUUCCCCUGUGCCAUGUGCAGCCUUUAGGACGGAAAGGCAUUUCCAGGCUGAGAGAGGCUGGGACAUGACUGCAGCUCCAAGCUGAUAUCUAAAGAAUUACAGUGGAAUCUCAGAGAAGUCUUCAUCAUUGCGAUUUGGACAAGCACCCUGCCCCUCCACAGCCUUUGGCUGUCCGGGCAUGCUAGGAGUUGUAGUUUUGCAACAGCUGGAGACCACAUUCUGGAGACCACGACCCCUAGAAUAUAGAUCACGAUCGACCCCUGCAUUCUGCUGAUGGACGGAGUUGCACCAUUUAAAGCCUGAACCCUAUGAGAUUAGGAUAUCAAUGUCCUGCCAAAAAUACCAGUUCUUCUUACUCGGCUUCCUGAACCUCUGUAUUAUUAAGCACCUUGUACACAGCCAGAACCAUACACUGAUAUUUUUCAAGGACAACAAUUUCCGGAACUGUAGUUGCUCAUUUGACAUCCAAAGCUGUGACUAUAGUCUGGCCAACCUGAUGUGUAACUGUAAAACCAUUACCCUUCCAAAAAACAAAACAGUUUCCAGGCUGAGCUACAAUGGUGACCUGACCAUCUGGUUCUCUGACACAACCACCCUGGCAAGGUUGGUUAACUUUACCAUCGUACAUAACCUAAAACUAUCAUUGUGUGGAGCAAUUACUCUCCCAACAGAGUAUCUGGCCAUCCUGGGGCUCAGGUACCUUCGUGUCCAAGCUGAAACCACCCAAGAACAAAGCCUGACAAUAACCCAUUGUAGUGUCAAGGACAGAUCGUGCCAAAUGCCUACAACACCCCCGUUUCACAUCACCUAUCUGGAUACCUCACUGUUUAAUGGACUUCCCUUGUUAAAGUCGUACAGUGUGGAGAAUGUUUCAAGCAUAAAGGAACAGUUUCCAAAUCUUCCGCAUUCCAGCUGGAUAUUGGCCCCAAAUAAGAGCUACAUAGUGACGUUAAUAUACUGACAAGGAUUGACCUCAAGGUUUGUAGUCCAGUCAAGUCUCAGACAGUAUAUGACUAUACCAGGGCUAAUGGUCCCUAUAACUUGACUUUAUUGAGUGUGUGGUGUAGAAGUGAGAGAGAGUGAGUGAACAUAUUCCCAGUACAAUGCUAUGGAAUAUGUUGGUGCUACAUCAAUAAAUGUUACUAAAUCUGG